UCGUCAGUCACGCACUGACAGCAGUGUGCACACGAGAGAGAGAUACAUAUAUAUACAGACGCUUUAAGGAUCGCAUCGCAGUUCAAGAUGAAGCGUUGUGUCGUGUUUUCAUUUCUUCUGACGGUACUGCAGAUAUGUCAGCCCACAGACGCGUGCUCGUGCGCGAUGUCGCAUCCACAGGACGCGUACUGCCACUCCGAGAUCGUUAUUAGAGCAAAGGUCGUGGGAAAGAAACUUCUGAACGACGGCCCCUUCGGUACCCUGCGCUACACCGUCAAACAGAUGAAGAUGUAUAAGGGCUUUGAAAAAAUCCAGCAUGUGCAGUACAUCUACACGCAUGACUCUGAGAGCAUGUGUGGAGUGAAGUUUGAUAUCAACAAAUACCAGUACCUGAUCACAGGUCGUGUUCACGAUGGUAAGGUCUACACUGGACUGUGUAACUUUAAUGAAAGAUGGGAACUUUUGUCUCUGGCUCAGAAGAAAGGCAUCAAUCAUCGCUAUCAGCUGGGCUGUAACUGCAGGAUUAAGCCCUGUCACUAUCUGCCCUGCUUUGUGACCUCCAAGAACGAAUGUCUGUGGACGGACAUGUUGUCCUACUUCGGUUACCCGGGUUACCAGUCCCGUAAUUAUGCCUGUAUCCAGCAGAAGGAGGGUUACUGCAGCUGGUACAGAGGAACGACCACACGAGAUAAAGUCACCAUCAACACCACAGAUCCAUGAGCUCACAUCACAGUAAAACACCAUCAAGACGACUCCUGCCCAUGUCCAGUAGCACUUCUGCUGAUUUAUAGACGUUUGCACUUCAUCACAUUUAAAAUGAGGGGAGAUUAAACAGACCACUGUCUGAACUUCACAACAAACAUUUGACAAACUAUCCAGUUCAAUUAUUCUGUUUAAUUUACAACAUCACAACCGUUUGAUAACCAAGUAUAAAUCCCUCGCGAAUCACCCGUGUGUCACAUUAAGAACAAAACCACCAGAAGACAUAAACUGAUACACAUUAAUCCAUUCAGAAGAUUCAAUGUAAUUUAUGAAGGCAAUAAUCCAUGAAUCUUUUUAGUGAUGUAUUGCUUUGUAAACAAGAUUAAAAAGUAUAAAAAUAACUGCUAUUGUAUAUGUACGAAGAUAUACAUAAGUGUUUAAGAUGUAUACUGUAUUUAUGAAUUGUCUUUGCUUCCUCUUGACUGUGCUGUAAUGUUCAGAUUUUUUACUGUAUAUAUACAAAUAUGUACAUGUGUUAUUAAUCACAACAGUUAUUAUUAGAUACUGUAUGAGCUUUACAGCACAAUGACAGAGAAAUUCCUGCUGUCUUUUAUUUUCUGCUUUGUUUUUUUAGCUGUUUAUGAUAUAAGCUAUUAUAUUGUGACUGAAUCCUCCUCUGUUAGUAUUUUUUAUUACCUAAACAGAUUGUAAACCUUAAAGCCACACGAUUACAGAUAAAACUGAUAAAUACUUAAGCUGUAUCCAGUCUGUAUAGCAGUUUUAUCUGAUAAAAAUCUACUUGCCAAUCCAUAUCACAAACUGUGCCAACCUUAAGUUAUUUUCUUUAAACUCAAGGGUACGUGGUCUGGCACUGCUAGACAAAAUCCUCCAGAUGAACUCCAGAGUAAACGUAUGAUGGAUAUUGACGUAUAUAUCUGAUAAAGUAGUUUUUUUAAACCACUAAACUCAUAAUUCUCAUCACUGAUGUGUAUGAUGGGCUCAUUCCUGCAGUUGGAGGCUGAGAUGAUUAUAAUGAAGAAAAUCUACCUGAGUAUUAAUGUUUGAAUUCUGAUUUUAAAAUAAUAGUUGAUGUUUUCAUCUCACCCUAUUUAAACUUUAAGUUUUAUAACCUGUAAAGUAUUUUACCUGCUUAACAUGAACAUCCCGCUCAGAUCAGUCCUGCUUUAUUCUCAUAUGAAAUACAGAAAGGUUGUGUGUGUUUGUGUGUAUACACAAUUCCAUAAAGAGGAGACCAUUAUACAUUUAGGGCCUUUGAAGAAUGUGCUGAUUUUUAAUUUCUCUGUUUUAUAUUUUUAUAAUAAACCUUGUGAAAAUGUC